UGACAAGAAAAAAGAAAACACCAAGUUUAAAAAAAAGCAAGGCAAAACCGAAAGAAAUGGCAAAGAACAUCAACUCAGUCAGCAUCACCGUUCUCUUCUUCGUCCUCUUGGUGGCUUCCACCGAAAUCCUCAAGAGCGAGGCUCAAACAUUUUGCUUCGAGUGUGGACCAGUGCCGUUCCUAGGUACAAAUGCUGAUUGCUUUAACUGUUGCAAAACCAAAUACGGGAGUCCUCCAGUCGUUAGUGGCGUUGUUGAGGGAAGAGAGAAACACUGUCAUUGCUAUUGUUGAUCCUUGAAAUAACCUCAGGAAAUUACCAUGUGUAACAUUUGUUUUCAGUCGGUGACAUGUCUGUUUGUUUAUGCUCAAGCUUCUUUUGCUUCCCAAUAAAACAUCAAGGGCAAAACUUAUCAUUGCUUUGCCCCAAGUUUAUGCCUAUUUUGCGUGUACUUUUGUUUCAUUAUGAAUACAAAAAGUUGUUUUGUGUUUGUGUUC